AUGAUCUUAGAAGUUGUCUUUGCUUAUGGAAUGGGCUUCCAAUGCCAGCUCUGGGAUCCAGCAACUAGGAAGAGCUCUUGGUUGACAAAGGGACUAUACCCUAGCCCCUCAUUCUGCCUCCUUGCAGACAGCCCCUCCGCUCCUGUCAACGUCACAGUCAAGCUCUUGAAGGCCAACUCAGCUGUUGUCACCUGGGAUGUUUUGGAAGAAGAAGUGGUCAUCGGAUUUGCUAUUUCCCAGCAGAAGAAGGAUGUACGAAUGCUGCGCUUCAUCCAGGAAGUGAACACCACCACCCGCUCGUGCUCCCUCUGGGACUUAGAGGAAGACACCGAGUACAUUGUGCAUGUGCAGUCCAUCAGCAUCCAAGGCCAGAGUCCAGCCAGCGAGCCAGUCCAUUUCAAGACCCCACGGGAAGCAGAGAAAUUGGCUUCAAAGAACAAAGAUGAAGUAACAAUGAAGGAAAUGGGAGAAAAAAAUCAGCAGCUGCGAGCCGGGGAAAUCCUGAUCAUCGUGGUCGUCUUGUUCAUGUGGGCAGGUUGGUAGGAGUCCCUGCAUGCAUGCAAAAGGCCAG